AUUUUUGCAACGGCAAGAUUUCCUCGUUCCUCGAAUGUCAAGCGUGUUUUUUUUAGAACGGCUACCGUGCUUGAUCGAAUGGCCACAUUCGCUGAUCGCGAAAAAUCGCAUGUCACUGUUGGACGCACACAUUACCAAACCGCUUCCUUGGUAACAGUUGGGAAGAGAGCUGCAUUAUGGGCACAGGAAUUGCUUAUGGCAUUCAAACAGCUAGAGCACUUCCAUGAUAACAUGAAAUUCCGUGGGAUUAAGGGAGCUACUGGCACUCAAGACUCGUUUCUGACACUUUUUGGUGGAGAUGAAGAAAAGGUUUGUUCAGCUUAG